UUAUUAAUGUGAUGAGAAUGGGACAUGUUUGUAUAAAAUUAAGAGAUACUUUACAUCUCUCUGCUUGAAUCAUACAAUAUUUAAGAAACGCACUAUAGAACAUGUCCUAUUAUAAAUUCCAAAAUAAUCCUAUGCAAUUUUGGAAGAUAACAAAUUUUUAAAUUGAUAAAAUAACAACCAUUUCCCAGAAACAGAAGUUUUAUAUAUAGUGUUCUAACAUAGCCAAUCGGCAAAUCAGAAAAAAGUGUAAUGAUUGCAUUAUUGGACUAACUGUUUUUUUUUUAAUAUUGUCUCACAUGUUUGCAUUGCACAGUCUAUAAUACAGUGCCGACAGAUAAUUGAGGUUAAGUUUGUUUAUGUUUUGAUUUUGUUAAUUUUCUUCCUCUUGCAAGAUAAUAUUACAGUUUACUCUUAAUUAUUAAUUGUUAUUUACUAUGAAUAGUUCAAAAAAGAAACGGGAUUUCACAUUCAGCAGAUCUUUAGUGCAUGGUGCUCUAGCAGCUUAUAUUGUAACUGGUCAGUCAGUCAAGAACCCAGUCCAAUGUUUAGAUCUCAGUAUGGACAGUGAAGAGAGUGGUAAAUGGAUUAAUGCAUAUGGAUCUUCUGUAAAUGUAAUAGAAUCAAAAUUGCAAUACAGUAGUCCAGCAGAAAGUGAUUCCAAUGUUUUACGGUCCAUUGAAAGCAGUUAUGCUCUCAUUGAAAAAACAGAUUUUAAUUUUAUCUAUGUAGAAUGUACAACCGAAGGAUCCAGCUACUUUGACUGUGUGUUCCGCAAGAUAGCCAGGAAUGGAGUGUUUGCUCUCUCCACGAGUGAUGAUCCUGCACUGUAUGGUAGGCCGGCAGAGCCUGCUUUACGUUGUUAUGGUGGUCUCAUCUCCAGGACAUUUUAUGCACCAGAACUUGCUGUUCGACUAGUUGCUGCAGCAAUGGCUAGGUCUGCAGCUCGCUUCAGUAAAAGUAUUGAAGUAUUAUUGGCUGUGACAGUCAAGAAUGCAAUAACAAUCAUAGUAAAAGUAAAGAAAGGAGCGGAUUCUGCUAUUAAAUGUUUAAAGAAAAUCAAGCUUCUGGCGCAUUGUUCAGUUUGUGAAGAAAGGUGCUUCCUUCCUGAUAAUGAUGGAUAUAUUUUAUCCAGAGAGGAAGUACAGUCAUAUUUGAGUUGUGACUGUAACUCUCACAGCGUAGGUCGUACAGUGCUAGGACUGGGACCUCUGUGGGCUGAUGCUAUUGGCUCUCCUUCUUUCGUUGCUCUUCUUCUGCCUCACUUGUCGCACUCACUCCACCUCACUACUUUCCUUCAAGAUCUCUUAUCUGAACUGGGAUGCAGCAGUUGCAACAGUGUAAAAGAAGAUAUUUUAUCUAACAAAAACUCCAAUGCUGAAAAUCAAGAACAGAAAAAAGAAGACAUUAAAGAAACAGUUAAUAAAAAUUUUAUUCAAUCAAAUAAUUCACUUAAAAGGAAGACUGAAACGGAUCUGUGUGAUUUGAAAAACAAGAUCAACAAAUGUGAAAAUAAUGGUUCUGAACCAGCUCCACAAUUUUAUUAUAACCUUCACAAGCAUAAACCUAAAGGUGCCCAAAAACUACUUAAGGUUGAGAAAAUUAUAGAAUCUCUGCACCAAAGUGGCUUUCGAGCAAGUAGAACACAUUUUGACAGAGCGGCUGUAAAAACAGAUGCAACAUUGAAACAAUUACAUUCUGUUCUAUCUCAAGUGAUAUAAAUUUGACAUAACUGCCAUGACUAA